AUGAAUCAGCGUGAUUCACCAUAUGACUGUGCCAUCGCACCAAGCCCAAUCGUUCGGACUUAUCGACCUGAUCCCCCCUCAAAACGAAAGCUAUCCAACAUGACGUCCACAAAGACUGGGCCACCACCUAGGCCUCUAGUUGUCCCCAGGCCUCCAGGCACCAGCGCUCCACGACCUGAGGCCCGAUCAGCAGGUACAGCUGAAAGAGCUGGUAGAAAUGAAAGCCUAGUCGACAUGGUUCGAUUCUUCCAGACUCAAAAUAUGCCUGUUCAGCCCCCUGCAGCUCAAACUCCAUCUCAACCUCACUCUCGAGCUCCGUCUCAAACUCAACCUUCGAGUCCUUCCGAUACAACUACUGCACUGCCCGUUCUUAUUUCACCUAAACUGUCGCAGCCAGAAUUCAAGCCAGCUCCCAAGCCGGAAUCCAAGCAGGACCAGAAGCAAGAUCAGAAGCAAGAUCAGAAGCCAUUUCAUCGACGCCUCUUGCAGUUUACCCAGCGCCAAAAGAAACCAUCAUCGCCAAGGUCAAAAGAAGAAGAACAACGGCGCCAAAUUGAAGCUCUCACAAGGGGAGGGUUUAUCAUCCCAGAUCGUCCUCUUAACGAGUCAAAGGGACAAAAAGAUGCAAAGCGAUCGAAAGAAAGCGUGUCACAAUCUCUCUCGCGAUCUCUUUCCAAAUCAAAGAGAGACGUGGAAAACAUUGGGCAGCCAUGGCUGCAAGCGAAAGUUGAAAGCACCAGGCCAUCGACCGAGACAAGACGUCGCCUGGCCUCUUUGGAUCUUGAUGAUUUUGGCUCAAUGGUCGACGUCGCAGUCUCACUCAAAUCUUUCGACGAUUCUGUUCCGCCACCAUAUCAACCAAAUGAAAACACCCCCUCUCAAUCGUCCUCAGCUAUCCCGACGGUAAACUCCGAGGCAGAUCCCAGCCCUCACGAUAUCACCCGACCAAGUUCCUCAUUGGCUUCUACCAGUCAUUCCUAUAGAGACGCCUCAAUUGAUGAGCAAAUCCGACGGCCAUCUACCUCUACAGAGCCGAGUAUUCGUGUUGAACCUGUUUCACGAGUGUUCGUCAAUGCAUCCUUGGGCGUUAAUGCGACAGAGUCGUUGCCCAGACUAUCUAUUGAUAGCCAAAAGCGAAAUUCGUCAGAACAAUCUUCUCUUCGCAAUGGGAAAUCAUUAUCACCCACCUUGAAACUUUUCCCUACUGUUGCACCUCCUCGCAAAUCUAGCAAGGGCGCUUUGAGAAAUUCAUCAAUUCCUCGGUACCAAACGAUCGAAAAUCUGACAGCAUUACCUACAUCUCCGGCAUCCAUUUCACUAACUCGAACUUGUGAAAAUGUAUCCCAAGUUCCAGAUGAGCCGAAAGCAUCAUCAGAUGGCUCACUGGGGGCCCCAAUUAGCGAGCUGGAAUCAAAAAGCUCAGAUGCUCUUAAAUCUUGUUCGAUGACUUCUGCAGCGGCGAAACCUGUUGAAAAAGCCCCCAAGGAUUCUGCAUUGCAAGAUGAGACUAAAACUCAACCGCUCUCGUUGUCUCCAGGCACGCUGAUGGCAUUUCCUCUACCGGCACCCACAAAGCCGCUUCCAUCACCACCCAAAGCUAAAUGCUCGCCGAGCACUCCAGACACCGACGCUCAACCUAUUCAAGCGAUUGGUCUAGAGUCCUUGUCCUCCAAUCUUCAACCUAUUUCGGCGACACUCGCUGAUGACCAGGAUGUCAAAUCCACUGUCGAUAGUCCUUGUACCCUUGACUCGCUCCUGGAAAUUGCUCUUGGCAGCGCCGGUGCUGGAGAGUUGAUAGCCGAUGAUGAGGAAAGCUCGUUUACCACCUCGCUUUCCGAACACUACCAACCCACCCCAGAACAUUGCACUCCGAGAGGACGUGUUUCAAGCGUGCGCAUCCCUCGAAGUCAAGGACUCACUGAUAGUCCUCCAAGUCAAUGCGAUGUAGAGGUUUCAGAAGGGCAACCUCUGGCCGACUCUCCUGUACUAGGAAACACUCCCAUUAUAAAGCCGAUGGACAAACGUGCUGUCCUGAAGGGACUUCAAAUCAAUUCUCAAGCCAGUCGAAAGAAUCUUCCAUUCGGUUUACCAUCCCCUCCACCCACGGCAUCACUCCCAUCAGCUCCACCUCCUCAGCACCCACCACCGCCGCCUCCUGGGCGAAAGCUCAGCCAACGCAAACACACUGCGCCUAACGUGGCUAUUCCACUGUCGAUGAGGAACCUCGAGGCAAAUCAUGCACUAAAGCCGUACCGAGGCUCGACCAUAUCCCGGAGUGACAGCUCAGGGAGCAGUCUUAGACAUGAGAGCUUCCCUGAGUCUCGCCCCGAGUCCCCGCUUCCAUCAUCAGACGAUGAGGUCUUUGGUCCGGGUAUAAAUGCCCAACGCUCGCGUCGGGAGGUCGACAAAUAUCGGCGCACCCAGCCACCACGGCUGGGAUAUAAGACAAUGGAUCCACGACAAAUAUCCAACAGUCGACUCCGAUACCCUAAUCCCGCGCGCCCUAUGACACCUCAAAGCCGCAGUAUGCACAAUCUUGACAGGGCUGCGUCCCCUCAUUCACAAUAUUCUCACUCAACCCACAGAUCGAGGGAGUCCCAAAGUAGUCAAAACACCCGCGCUGCUCCUCAAAUGGAUUACUACCUCGAGGAUCGGGUUGCAAAUCUGGAACGCCAGAACCAGAUUCUACAGGCCGCCCUGAUGGCGGCGCUCAAUGCUGGAGUCAAGAAUCCUCUUGAUGGUCUCAAUCUUGACCCGAACGUGUCAUCAGGCUUCCCACACGCUCCCUUUCAGAACCAAUACUCCGGCCGCCAGGCAUCGCGGCCCGACAGCUGGGUCAGCUCUUCUCGAAGCAGUGAGCACGGCGGGUUCGAUACUUCUAGUUCACAACGAGAUACCCGGGCAAACGUCAAACAGCUGGACAACAUGAUUGAAGACAUUGAGUCUGGAUGGCUGUCGGAUAAGUCCAGUUUCACUGGGGCUCGAAUUGCCCGCAAACGAUAA